AUGACUUGUCUAUUAUCUUUGUCUAAUUUAUUACUAUUACAUAUUAUAUCAGAGAUAGAAGAUAAUGUAGAUAUAAUAUGUUUAUUGUUAACUUGUAAAAAGUUGUACAGUAGUAAAAAUAGUAGUUUAAAGAGAUUGAUUAGAUUUAAAGGAAUAGAAGUGAUAGAUACAGAUAAAACAGGGAUAUUACUGCAGUUUAUAGCAACAGUCAGCCGAUUCAACCUCAACUCAUUUAAAGAUAUAUUGGAUAAUAGUAUAUCAUAUCAACAUAUUGCACUGUUUGACCAACGUUGUUACAACGACUAUCCAAAAUGGAUACAUGAUCACAUCGGUGCAAUAAACAUAGUCGAUAAAAGUAACAUUACAACUGCUUUGGUGUAUUAUGACGAUAAUACCUCUAAAUCGAUAGAAUCACUCUACGAGAUAUCAUCAAUCGAGACAUUAUUCAUCAACUACUCAGAGUUAAGAACAAUGUAUCUGGGCUCUCAAGAUUUAUCACGGUUGCCUAAUCUUCAACGACUUGAAGUUUGUGGAUGGAGAGUGGAUAUGGAUCACCACUCAUCACUAAAGACACUUGUGAUUGACGUACAACAAGAUGAAAGAGAUGGAUUGGAUCAACUCAGCUAUGAGAUUGACAAGUUUGUAUCGCUGAAAGAGCUCACCUUUAAGAUGUUUUUGAAUAACGACUCUCUCAAUCUGCACCUCUUACCAAGUAGUCUGUCAUCACUCACUCUUAGACUAUCCUUUAUACCUGAACAUGACACAUUCAUUUCAUUGACGUCGCUUGUAAACUUUAACAUCUACAUUGAAAAUUUUCAAGAAGAUGAGGACGGACUAUUCAUCAAUCUAGAUGGUCUAACAUCCCUAGAGACAUUCAAGUUUGAAGAAAGAGAAAGUUUAACAUUAGGCUACAUUGUCAAGAUUAGUCUACCUCUUUCAAUCAAGAUCCUAACUCUUCGGUCCUCAUUCAUAAAAAUCUCAUCAGAGAGUGUGUUGCCAAUGUUGGAGAAAUUAUAUGCGUAUCAGAACCUAUUGAUUGAUGAUAAUAUCAGUCUAUCAUCAUCACCAUUGCUAAAGAAACUGGUUAUUGACUAUUGCGUUGAAACCAUUACAGCCAAUCUCAUCCCAACAACUAUUGAAAAGCUUAAAAUCUAUAAAGAAACUCAAGAUAAAGAUAUUCUUGGGCAAAUUGUAUUCCCACCAAAUCUCACUCAUUUAAGCAUCUUGGGAGAAGACUGUGAAUCUGUCCAACCGUUAUCAGAAUCACUCAUCAAACUAAAGCAAACGGUCAACAGCCAAUCUCCAGUCACUCUUCCUCAACAAUUAAAAAAACUUACCUUGUAUUUUAAUGAUCCCAAUUUGGUAUUCCCAUCAACCUCCAGCAACUAUCCACCUCAUCUUGAAACACUCAACCUUAUUGAUAUACAAGGUGACUUCAAAUUUAGUGUACCACCAAUCACCAAGUAUCUUUCAUUAUUGAUAUUACCUAACCACAACCUUGAACUAAAUCUGAAGAAAAACGUUCAACUUCCAAUCUAUUCAAUCACAUCCAAGAUACAAAAAACAAUCAUCGCUGACCAACAACAAUGGUUACCAUCCAAUACAACUCAUCUAACUUUGGACCUAUGUCUGAAAAAACUUGAUGACGACAGUAUGGUUGUUGCAUUUAGAUUAGAUGAAAUAAUCAAUCAUACCAAUGUUAGAUAUUUAUCAAUCACUAUUCACAAGACCACAUUUUUAUUACAAUUUUCAAUUCAAAGAUUGGAUGCAGAAAGUAGCAAUGUAUUGGUAUUGGAAAGACAGUCACUUACAGGGGGAAUAAUCACUCAAAGAAAAUCAAUCAACAAUCAACAACAACAAUAUGAUAUAAUUUAUUUAUAUUUUUCUUCAGAUUUGACAUUUAAAUUUAAUUGGAUGUUUAGAGAUCAUCAAGAAAACGAUCUCUAA